UGAUUGCAAACAAGAAGUUUCUCAGUUGUUGGCCACCAUGAGUAAGCAGGAAGAAACCUUGGAGAAGCUGGACUCGGAUUUUGAUCAUUACCUUGUUGAUAUGAAGCCAUAUGUCCUGAAACUUUCUAAUCGAUCAGAACGCCAGCGAUGUGCACUGUGGAUUAAGAAGCUGUGUGAUCCUGUGGCUUGUGGGUCGGGACUGAUGGGAAGGAAGAAUCGCAACAUGUACGCGCGACUUCUGCUGCACAUGCUCAGAGGGGGUGUUCUGGAGGGACCCUUUACACAGAAACCUGACGGUGGCAGCCUGAAGACACUACCCACAUACUUGUCCAUUUACUUCGAUGAGCCACUGUUCGGUAGAACCCAGGAAGAGAGUCCUGCAGCCGUGCCUGACUGGGUGUCCGGUGAGUUGGGUCAGGCAGAAGACACGUGGACCAGCUUACUUAAGGACAGCUCACCCAUAGCUCAUCCUGGCACCUACAGGAGGACGCUGGGAUAUGACAAGUCUCCCUCCCGGCCGCUGGCCUCCAGCCCGCUGAAGCUCGCCGGCCGAGACGACAGCAACACGGUGAACGGGAUGGGCAGAGCGGCCCUGUCGGCGGAUGACAGCGACCUGGAGGCGCGUCUGAACAGCUGGAACCUCGGGAUUGAAAACCCCAGGUACUUGCGUGAGAAACCCAUCCCCCUGUCUCCGAGCAAUGAGAUGAGGGCCAAAGUCCUGGAGGCCAAGCACCAGGAGGAGAAGCUGCAGCUGCAACAGAAACAUGACGCGCACGUCCAGAAGAUUCUGGAACGCAAGAACAGAGAGAUGGAGGAUCUGAAGAGCCUGUUCAAAAGCAAGCAGAAGGAAUCGGAGGAGACGAUCCGGAUGCUGGAUAAAAAAGUCCAGAGCCUGGUCCGUGAGUCCCAGGUCAUCCGCGAGAACAAGGAGAAGCAAAUCACCGAGCUGAAGAAGAUGGCGGAGCAGAGCGCGGACUCCCUGAGGAACGAGUGGGAGAAGAAGCUGCACGCGGCCAUCUCUGAGAUGGAGCAGGCCAAGUUUGAGCUGCAGAAGAAGCACACGGAGAACAUCCAGGAGCUGCUGGAGGACACUAACCAGAGGCUGGCCAAGAUGGAGGUGGAGUACAGCAGCCAGACCCAGAUCACGGAGCAGCUUGCACGGGAGCUGGAGGCCCGGGUCAAGCAGUUGACCCUGGAGGUGGAGAGCGGAAACGCCCUGCGCCAGAGGGUCACCCAGGAGAAGGCCGAGCUGGAGAUCCACAUCGCCACCAUCAGCUCCGAGCUGCAGGAGGCUAACCGCAGGUGCACCCAGCUGCAGAGGGAGGCGGAGCAGCAGGCGGAGCAACAGGAGGAGAGCCUGCGCCGACUCAAGGCCAACCACCAGGCAGACCUCAGCCACUACCAGAAGGAGCACACACUCUCUGCCACUAAGGCGUCGGAGGUGAUGGAGGGGCUGGAGGGGACGGUGGCCCGGCUGCAGGAGCAGCUGCAGGAGAGUGAGCAUCGCAGGCAGAAGCAGAUCAGAGAUCAGGAGACUCAGGCUCAGAAGGAGAUGGCUGACUUUCAGUUCAGUAGCGAAAAGAAGGUGCGUGGGCUGCAGAGCGAGUUGGACCGAGAACGUGUCGAGGCCAAGAGGAAAGAGGCGGACCUCCAGGAAGCACUCAGAGAGAGAGAGGAGCAGCUCAGCCGACUGCGGGAGGCCCAGAGGCAGCAGGCCCAGCAGACUGAGAGCGCAGUGGAGCACUUCAGGAGACAAGUGGAGCUCAGCUCGGAGAAGGCCUACGCAGACAUGAGGCAACAGAUGGAGAAGGUGGAGGCUGAUCUGAACCAGUCCAAAGCAGUGCGGGAGAAGCAGGCCAAAGAGUUCGGCUAUCAGCUGGAGGAGCUCAAGCAGCGACAUGAACAGCAGAUGGUGGAGCUGAGACUGCAGCACGAGCAGGAGAGGACGCACGUCCUCCAGCAGCAUAAUGCCGAGAAGGACAGCUUGGUCCAGGAGCACCAGCGGGAGAUCCAGGGUCUGGAGGAGCAGGCACGGGCCGCCGUGACCCAGUACGAACGCAGCUCACAGGAAUGGAGGAAGCGCGACGGACAGCGCGUGGCGGAGCUGGAGUCACAGGUGAAGUCCCUGCGGGAGGAGCUGCUGCAGACGCACAGCCAGCGCAAGCAGCAGCUGAUCGAGCUGGGCCUGCUGCGCGAGGAGGAGCGCCAGCGCGCCGCCCGGGACCAGGAGGCCGCCGUCGCCCGCCUCCGCGCCGAGAUGGAGCGUGUGCGCCAGGACCUGGAGCGCAGCCACUCCGCCGAGAGGGAGCUGGCGCUGGAGAAGAGCAACAGCAGGUUGAAGCAGCUGGAGCGGGAGUACAACCAGAGGCUGGCUAAGUCUGCACAGACGAUGGCGGAUGUGCAGGCGGCGGCGUGUGCGGGCCGUGAGGAGGCGCGUCAGGCUCAGCAGGCGCUGGAGCAGCAGCUGCAGGACGCCAUGAGCCGCUGGGACGACGAGAGGAGCCGCCUCAGCCGCCACGCAGACAAGGCCUGUCAGGGACUACAGGAGAAGGUGGACGGCCUGCAGAAGCAGUUGAUCUCCACAGAGAAGAAGCUGAAGACCAAAGAACUUGAGAACCAAGAGCAGAUCACUCAGGUGCGUCAGGAGUGUGAGUUGAGACUCAAGGGCCUGAUGCCAGCAGAGCUGAGGCAGGAGCUGGAGGACACCAUCACGUCGCUCAAGUCCCAGGUGAACUUCCUGCAGAAGAGGGCAGUAGUGCUACAGGAGGACCUGGAUGCCAGCCGUGGAAGGAGGUAACAGCUGUUCAUCCUGCACUGAUGGAAGGUUCUCUGAAAACUCCAGAAUGAAGUGAGCACAUCAUACACAUGUGUGUGCAUAUACACACACAUACACACUUACAAGGUGGCCUUGACUCACAGAUGAAGGAUCAUCAUUUCUCCACUCAUUUACAGUGGUAUUCAUGUUGCUAUGUUUGUCUUCUUUGUGUAGCAUUUGUUUAUUUAACACGUUUUUAAAAUUCAUCUUCAUAACUCCAUUGUAUUUAUGACACCUGCUUUUGUUUUUGGUUGUUUUUUAAUGACAUGAAUUCAGUAUAAUGUAUUUUUUUACUUCCAUUUUAAUGUUUUAGUAAGUUUUAAAUCUAGCAUCAUUUUAUU